UGACUGAGGAGCAGAUCGCCUCGCGGGACAACGGUCGGCGACGCAGGUUGAGGUGGUGGGGGCGGAAGGGCUCUCCCGGCGGGUCUCUGUGCGGUCGGCGAGGCACAGGGCCGCCGCAGCACCAUGGCGACCACCGUCAGCACGCAGCGCGGCCCGAUACCAUUUCUGCUUUGACAUCAAAGGGAUGGUGGAGCUGGAUACAGGUGUACAUUGGUGAACUCCCCCAAGACUUCCUCCGUAUAACACCCACACAGCAGCAGCAGCAGAUCCAGCUGGAUGCCCAGGCAGCCCAACAGCUGCAGUAUGGAGGAGCAGUUGGCACUGUGGGCCGCCUCAGCAUUACUGUAGUACAGGCAAAAUUGGCAAAGAAUUACGGCAUGACUCGCAUGGACCCAUACUGCCGCCUUCGUCUGGGCUAUGCUGUUUAUGAAACUCCCACAGCACACAAUGGUGCCAAGAACCCUCGCUGGAACAAGGUCAUCCAGUGCACGGUGCCCCCAGGUGUGGACUCGUUCUACCUUGAGAUCUUCGAUGAGAGAGCCUUCUCCAUGGACGACCGCAUAGCGUGGACCCAUAUCACCAUCCCUGAGUCCCUGAAGCAAGGCCAAGUGGAGGACGAGUGGUAUAGCCUGAGUGGGAGGCAGGGCGAUGACAAGGAGGGCAUGAUCAACCUGGUCAUGUCCUACACGUCUCUCCCAGCUGCCAUGAUGAUGCCACCUCAGCCUGUGGUCCUGAUGCCAACCGUGUACCAGCAGGGUGUUGGCUAUGUGCCCAUUGCAGGGAUGCCUGCCGUCUGCAGCCCUGGCAUGAUGCCUGUGGCCAUGCCUCCACCAGCUGUGGCUCCUCAGCCCCGCUGUAAUGAGGAGGAUCUCAAGGCUAUCCAGGACAUGUUUCCCAACAUGGACAGAGAAGUAAUCCGCUCCGUGCUUGAAGCCCAGAGAGGGAACAAGGAUGCUGCCAUCAAUUCCUUGCUGCAAAUGGGUGAAGAGUCCUAGACCCACCUGUGGCCCUUGGCUUCACACCACUGACCCUUGGACUUGCCCACCCAAGGCUCCCCAGGGUCACCAUCCCCAAAAGAUUCCAAUGAAAGACCAUCCACGUACCCCUUCCUUGGACAUCUGUGCCGCCCCUUCCCACCUAUUUUGGGGAUGCAUGUGGAUUUUUGGUUCUAGGCAGGCAGUCCUCUUCAUUGUUGGUGGGGGACAGCUUCCUCCUUGUCUCUAGUUGGGUGAUGGUGGCAUGGCCCUGUUACUGCACAGACCAGUGGUCCUGCAUCUCCCUUCCUCACCCUGUUCUGGAAAGCAUUCUUACAGAAAGCAGCUGCCCCUGCCAAGACAUUAGAGUUUGUACAGCAUCCUUCCGAGUCGAUGGAUGUCAUGAAGUUACUCAGCCUAACUGGGGUGGUUGUUGAAGGUGCACUGAGUUCAUGUGUACUUACUUGCAGGUUAUUUUUAGAACUUCAAGCUGAAAGCUCCUUCUUUCCUCUGAUGUCGUAUGUGAACCUGGGCCCUCACCUAGUCCUGGGCCAGUGAGAUAUGCUUCUCAGUCAUAUCCAGCAGGUCUGACCUCUUGUCUAGCUCACCUGUCACUGUCUGGCUAGGCUUCAGCCACAGAAAUCCAACUUGAAUGCAGAAGGUAUCCAGACCUGGUGCUUGGCUGGACAGGCCCCAUCUUGGCCCUCACUGAUAGAGGCUUUUUUCCACCUCCUUCUGUUUAGUACCAGCACUGUGGUUGUUACUCUGGGGGCUGUUUUUGUUGAUAGGCCUUCAUCACACAGCCCAGAGUCAAGUGAAGGAGAGAGAUGGGCAGAUGUGGCACUAUGUGUUUACUACUAAAAGGCAUUCAGGCAUCAUGACACUACUGACCUGCAGCAGACUCUCUCAACCCCUACUGUCGCUCGGCCUGAGUGAUAAAAAUCUCACGCGUAAAUUAAACCUUCAUGGAGGCAGAGGUGCCUGUCCCUGUCUAGUGGGUAUUGUGUAUUGUAUUUUGGGUUGCAAACCUUUGGGCCCAUGACCUGGCUAUAGAUCUGUUCAGGGACAGAAUGGGUGACACCUGGUCCUAAGAAUCAGAACCUUGAAAGCUUUCUCAGAAUUGGUACACUGUACAGGCACCAUUAAGAAGCUAGGGAGCAUUGUCACAUGUUUGUGGUGUUACAGUUUUGCCGUACGCUGCAGUUGCUUCUUGUUUUUCCAAGAAUUUGCACCCAACCUUCAGUUAUGUGAUCCACCAAUAUGGGCAUGAGGUAACUUCUAGAAAUUGGAACUAUUUGUGAAAGACUUAAAAUAAGAAAGUUAGUGCUUCAGUUUUGAUCUUCCCCCCUCUAAAAACACAGAUUAAGUUUUAAUGUCAGCUAAAAUAUACUACUUUCUGUCAUCCAUGGGGGUGCAUUUUGUCAAAUGUAUUGUUCAUAAGUAUUUAUUUUUGUAAGCCUGAAAGCAGUAUGUGGUGAUGGUGAGCAUGGGAUGGUGGUAACAAGCACUUUUCUUUAGCUGUAGGACUUUAAACCUUUUAACUGCAAAAUGGAGAAGAAAGACCAAUGUUUGUUAAAUAGAUUCAACCACUCACUUUAACCCAGCCAGGCACUGGAAGUCUCCAUUCUAGACUGUUGUGUGGCCUUGUGCUUGGUAAGCAGAUGCCCUCUUGCAGGGUGGAUGAGUCAAGCAGGACAGGACCUCCUUAAGUGGUCCACUUAGUGUUACCAGCAGACUUGAGACACUGCAGAACAGAAACCUCAGCACCUGUCUCCAGGUCUCAGGUGUGGCUGUGUGCAUCAGCUACUGCUUUAAGGAGGUAUGGGCUGAGCAAGGGCCACUUCGUUCCUGUGAGGUUCUGGAGGGAGCAUCAACAUUUGCUGUCAACCCCUGAGCAGCCCCCAUGGCACUCAGAGGCAGCAUUCACUAACUUGUGCUUGCUCAAAUGGGGAAGAGUGAUGGUUUUAAGACAGUUUUAAGACUUGAGCUGAACACAGACUCUUCCCUUUGUCAUGAACAUUUUAUUUUUUUAAUAGAUUGAAGAAAGAUCACAUUUUAUAAGGUCUGAGUGAGACCCCACUCUCCUAGGUUUUGUGCUGUCUUGUCUUGGAAUUUGCUUGUCAGUGCCUGUCUAGGAGCCUAGGCAUUAGGACAUGGCUUACCUGGCCUUCCAUCCCAUCCUGGGUCUUCUUGAAAGAAAAGUUGUUAGACCUGGAAGGAGAAGCUCAAAGGCAAAGCCAUAGCAGAUGUAGAUAGGCUUCUGGGUGGGAGCCAGGCUCUCACUGGGUGUUAUUGCUGCUCUGGCCAAGAAUCUUUGAAGAUUCAAAGUGGUAGCAGAGUUUCACAAGAUGAUCACUGGAGCCCCUGAUCUCAAGCCAGCUCUAGGGUGGGUAUGGGUCUGGGUAUGGCCCAGGCUAUUUUCUUCUCUGGACAUACUGGUUGGCUGAAGUUGUAACUGCUGCACAUCUGUGGUCUGAUGUGGCCACUGGCUUUCAUCUCGCCAUGCGAAUGACACCUAUCCAAUUGAGAGAAGUGUUGUGCAACUGGGUUCUGCCCUCUCCCUCCCAGUCCCUCUUUACAGAUACUGGUGUCAUCUGAUACACUGUCUGGAGGUUGAUGGGAAUGGUUCUCAGAACUCUGUGUCUGUGGGAUGUAUCUUGGGGAUGGGGUCCAUGUCCAAAUUUUUCUUUGAUUAUAUGAUAUAUUUUUACUUUUCAGCCUUCUAAUUUAAUAAGUGGUCUAUAUAAAAUAGAAAAAUAAAGCCCUCUAAGGAAAUGUUA